AUGAGUGACAUAUAGUUGAUAUUAAGACGUUGCAAGAGAGGAAAUGAAAUUAAGUUAGACUUAUCAUUUAAGCAAAUUACAAUACUCCCAAGUGAUAUUUAUUCACUUUCAUAGUUAGAAGUAUUAGAUCUCUCAAAUAAUAAAUUAAAUGCUUUAGACCCUAAAAUCUCAUAAUUAUCCACACUUAAAGUUUUAAAUAUAGCAAACAACAAUAUUAUAUCUCUACCUAACACUUUACUUUAGAUGAAGAGCUUAUAGUUUCUUAAUUGCUCAGGUAAUCCUCUCAGUAACUAAUUCGAUAAGCUACUGAUUGAUGAAAAUUAAAUAAAUCCAUAGCUUAAAUCUAUUUUAGCAUAGUGCUUUGGCGAGGAAGAUACUUCUUCAAAAGCAAAUUUGUGGUUUAAUGAUACAAGCAGCACGUCUAAUACAGGUUUCAAUAGGAUAGGUUCUUCUGGCAACAAUAGUUCAUCUAACAGUGGAGGAUUCGGAAAUACUUUUUAUGGUGGAAGUAAUAGCAGCAAUAGUAAUAAUACCUUUGGCCAAGCAAAUAAUGCAAGCAUAAUGAGCUAAUUAGUUGAAAAAGAUAACUAAUUAAACUAAUAAAAGAAAAAAAUUUAAGAAUUAGAAUAAGAAUUACAAAAGUUAUCCUUUUCGCAAGGAAAAAAUAUUUAGGGUUAAGGAGGACUCAUUAAAGUUUUACCCCUUUUAGAUCCUGUUUAGGAAAUAGAAUUUAAGGAUUUGGAAAUUAGAGAUGCAAUUUCAUAAGGUGGAUUUAGUAUAGUUCAUAAAGGUAAGUAUAAAGGAUGUGAUGUUGCUAUCAAAAAAAUAUUCAAUCCUAAUAUUACUUAAGAUGUUUUGGAUGAAAUAAACAAUGAAGUAAACAUGCUUGCUACUCUUAGACAUCCCAAUAUUAUUUUGCUAAUGGGUAUUGUUUCAUAACCUUAAAAUAUGUGUAUUGUUACAGAUUUAGUUGAAGGAGGAGACUUAUUCACAUACUUACAUAAAUAAAGAAAAGAUUUGUCAGGAGUUUAAAAAGCAUUUAUUGUUAAACAAAUUAUCAAUGCUUUUUAUUAUUUACACUCUCACUAAAUAGUGCAUCGUGAUCUUAAAUCUUACAAUAUUUUGCUUGAUGUAGGAUUUAAAAUUAAGUUAUGUGACUUUGGAUUAGCCAGAAAAUAUUCUGACUUGAACUAAGGUAAUUCCAAAUUUAGUGGAACUCCCACAUAUAUGGCUCCAGAACUCUUUUAGAAGAAAGGAUAUGACGAAAAAGUAGAUGUAUUUGCUUUUGGUACACUACUCUGGGAAAUAUAUGCUUAGGAAGUUCCUUUUGAUGGUUUAGAACCUAAUGACAUUAUGGUAAGAGUAACUAACGAUGAAUAGUUGCCUUAAAAGUAAACAAUAAACUCUAGUAUAUACAAAUUAAUAGUUAAGUGCAGAGCAUUAAAUCCUAACUUGAGACCUUCAUUUGAAAAGAUAUACUAAGAAUUUAAUUAAUUAGCUUGA